UCCGUCGAGACAAAAAGCCUCUCAGAUGUAGUUUGGAGCGUAACGAUCCAACAUCUGAAGUAAACGAUCGCGUCUCUGCCUUGGAAUGUAGUGACAAAAUCCUACUGUCACUUCAAGAUUUUCUUCUAUUUUCCCAAACGCUGAAUUUGAAGCCGUUUCUUCGACGAAAAUGGCUUGUUGUGUGUCUAGAAAUAUUCUCUUUUUCAUUCUCGUUCUUCAAAUGCUCUUGGUAGUCGAGCGCUUGGUAUUUGACUUUCUCGGAUUUAUGUGGGCUCCGAUUAUUACCAAUUUUAUCCACAUCGCUUUUCUGAUAGUGGGGAUCUUCGGUGUUCAUCAGUAUCGAGCUCCCUAUAUAAUUACGUACUCAGUGUGGAACUUGAUUUGGUUUGCAAUAAACCUUACUAUAAUUGCCCUAUACCUAGAAAUUGGAACUCUCUCACAUAAAGAAGAUUGGCUGAGUUUAAAGACAGGCCACAAGAGCUGGUGGUCGAAAAAUGGCAUUGGAUGUGGAAGCAUCAAUUCUUCUAACUCUACUGCAACAUCUACUGUCAUGUCACCUGAUGGCUGCCUUAUCAGAUAUGAGUUUGUGGAGUCAAUUCAGAGUGGGACAGAAUGCAUCCUAGCUUUCAUUGGAUUCUGGCUUGGUUGUUGGUUUGUAAGAACAUAUCAUGAAGAUGAUGAUCACUUUGAUUACAUUGGAGGAUUUGACAGCUACUCGGCAUAUCACCCACCAACCAAAUCAUCAAGAAUGCAGAUGCAGCCCAUCUCUUCAUGAAUACUUAACAGAGGUUCAUCAUCCAACAAGAAGCAAAACUUGAAGCAAACAAGUAUAACAUCCGUGGUAUAAAAUAUUCUACCAAUUUAGACACUUAAAUGAACUAGGUGUUCAUAAAGUGCUAUUUUCAUUUAAUUGGAUUGUGAACCUUGUGAGAUUGUUUUGGUGCACUACCCCAGAUAUUUGGUUUGAAGAAACUUGUAGUAUUGUGGGUAUUAUCAAGUAUUCAUUGAUUGGCUAGUGUCUCUUUUUAUGGUUUCUGAUUGGUCCAGAGGAUACAGGAGUCACAGUACUACUAGUUGUUAAGGGAAAGACCAGGGCCCGGUUGCAUAAAGCUCUCUUAAGAUAAGAGCAGCCAUAAGUAUUGUUCCAAAACAAUAGGCCAUUGUACUAAGACAAUACGUGCGAGUGUUUUUAAGCUUUUUUAUCUUAAAAGAGCUUUAUUCAACUGGGCCCAGGAACCCAACCUAAGAGUGGUGGGGGUAGGGGGGAAUGAUAAAAAAUUGGGCUAGCUACCUAGCUAUGUAUAUAAUGCCGCCAAUGUUCUUCAGGAUGAAACUCUAACUCUUCCAAAGAUUAAGCCUGCCUAUCACCAAUCCAUCCACUUUUUGGAAAGUUAAUUUACUACUUGAAAUAUCAAAUAAAGUAAGAAAAGCUAGGCAAGCAGAGCCUGUCACAGGAUGUUUGCAGAUUUUUGCACUAUGCAGUUAUGUAGUUACACAGGCAUGAAAUAUAAAUAUUAUUAGUUAUUGUAUGCAUAAGAGAAUCUAAACAAAUCCAUUGCACUCAUUUUCCUAGUUAUGGAUGACCCAUUGUAUAGUCCAUAACUCUCUAGUUAUAUAUAAUUGUCUAUAUAGAAAGAGAUUGUGUAGUUCCAGAAAUGAUUAUCCAUACCCCCUCAUGGAGGAUUUCAUUAAAGACCCCUCCCAACCUUUGGAAAUUCCAAUUUUCUUCAUUCUUUUCUUCCAUACAACCCCCAGCCCCCCAGGAAAUUCAAAAUUCCUCUGUGGGGUGGGUAUGGAUAAUUUAUUAUGGAAAUGAGUAUGUACUGUUUCUAACUUUUCUUGAAAAUGUUGUGUGCUAUAGCUUAAGGCAAGGAAUUCCAAAGCAAUUAGAAUCUUGUGAUUAUUAUACUAAAGUUUUACCAACUUUCUAUCUGUCUGUUAAAUUUUGGUUUGUUGCGGCCAUCAAUUUUUCGUUUGGAAUCCUAUAAUCAUUGGCCAUGGUUGAGGUAUUUUGUUGAUAUCACUGUUGACAUGUCUUUGUCUCUCAUCAAUAAUUAUUAUUAAGUGCUUAUUCUCUUGAUUGACAGCAUGGGAAAACCAAUUUCAACCAAGCAUUAGUUAAUAGCUAUUAAAAACUCACUUCACACAAAUAUGUCAGAAAUUGAGAUUGAUGCCAAUAUUUCAAGAAAUGUUAUAGCACAUUUAUAAAUGAAAGAGCAUGCACAUUUUAACUGGAUUCUUGUUGAUUGUAGACUGUACAUAAUGUAGUUAUAAUGUUUUUGUUCGUUCGAAGACUGUACCUGUAUAAAGUUAUUGUUGCAAAACAUUGAAAUAUGUUAUAUUAGGUGAACAUGCAAAAUAGGACUGUUACAGCUUGACUUUGCAAUACCGACAGCAAAACAGCACCCAACUUUAUGCAUUGAAACUACUUUUGGAAUUUAAUCUAGAAAAAUAGUAUUUAUGGCAGCACAGUUUUAGCCAAACGUUUUAUUCUGGUACUCUAUCUUCAUUUUAUUUAGAUUUUGAGAAUAUUAUUCACUUGGUUGUAAAUGUUUUCACUCAUAAAUGAUCAGAGUAGUAGCAUAUUAUAGUUAUAACAAAUUCCUUGAAUUUAGACAAAAACCAGUAAAUUUAGACAAGCAGUCAGUGAUGGUGCAUAAGUUAUAAGUUAUUAUUUAUCAAGAAACUGAAACUGAUAUACAGCUAUUUCGAAAAAGGUUGGUGAAGGAUUCGAUACAUGUUGUUUACCAAACUAGAAAUGUAUUAUAUUCAUAAAUUAAAUUAUGUAAAUAUGUCGGAAGAAGUUAUACCAGAAAGACGUACAGACAAAUUUGAGGGAAUUUCACAUAGAGCGAAACCUUCACCAAUCUUUUGUGAAAUAUUUGUACAUAACAUCAUUGAAAUGAUUUCAUUUAGAUAGAAAUUGCCACACAAGCGAUAGUGAUUGAACAAUAAUUGGGCUGUGUCUAUAGAGGCUUUGUACCAUCAUGUGAAGGCCGCCAUGUUAGAUGGCAGGAACAAUACAAUUGUUUUACAAGAGAAAGAUUCAAUUCAAUUCCCGAGAGCAAAGGGAUUUUAUCAUUAUGCCAUGUAACCACAGGCAGUCUAGGCUUUAUAAUGGGUGCUGGCAUGUGAUGGUGCAAAGCCUCUAUUCCAAUGUCUAAAAAUAGUCUCUUAGAUGCAUUUUAUAUCUUUGUUUUUACAUUUUAAAUUAUUUUAACUGAGACCACUUUUUAUUCUUAAGUUUAAUUUUUCCCUUUUUAAAGGUUAACUGCCAAUAUCUAUUUUGAGUUGGAGUAAAUGGUUGUACAAGUAUGUCAAUUUGCCGUGUGCAUAACAUACCAUGCCUUUAACAUAUGCAUGGUGAUAAUGAUGAAAAAGUAUGUGCAAUAUGGCAUUACAGAAUAACUUUUAGAAGGUUCCUUGUAAAACUUGUGCUGCAACAAGACAUGUUCAGUUGCACAAGGAAAAGGUGGUUCUUUCUUAAAUCUUCUCACACGAAGUUACUACUACAAGGUUAAUAUUCAUACAGCAAUUUGCUGCAAAAGUUGUCUUGACACUCUUGCACAAGUUUUUGCUGUCACUGUGUCACCGAACUUAAACUUCAUGCAGCUGAAACUGGUUUUUCUGCAUGUUGUCAUCUUUUUGUAAGUAAUGGUGUUGUGUGCUGGCAUUUUUCACAAACUUGUACAAGGCAUACUCUAUCCAGUGAUGUGACAAUAGGAAAUAAAUAUAUGCAGCACCUGUA